CCCCCUGCGCUGGGCUGUUGCCGGAAGCCGGCGCGGUGAGUCAGAGAGAGGAAGCGCCGAGCCGGGCCGCCCCUCACAGGAUGCUCGGAGCUCGGAGCGUCUCUGCCCAGAGACGGAGCCGCCGGCAUGGGAGAGGAAGGGGGCUGUCAGGGCCAUGCUGGCUGGGUCCGCAAGCAAUGCAGCCGCGGGCUCCUGGGGGGUGGCUGGAAGGAACGCUACAUCCGACUGGACAGAGGCCGCCUCCUCAUCUACGAACAGCAGGGUGACAUCCAGUGUGAGGAGACAGUGGACCUUGCAAAGUACCAGUGCUGUCAGGAGCUGCGAGGAUUGAUAAAGAAAAGAAAACAAUUUAGACUGGCUCUUGUCCGUAGCACAGGAACUAAGGUACCCGAACCAAAGUUUCAAGUUCCAAAUGCUGAAGAAAAGGAUUUGUGGCUGACUGCCUUAAAUGAAGCAAUCAAAGAGGCCAACAAUGAACAGUUUGAUCAGGUUACAGUGGAUGAAAAAAAUUCUCUGGAUCACUUGACACGUAACAGAGUGAAAAUAAACCACAGCAGAAGACCACCAACCAGACAACAUCGAAGAGAAGUUGCCACUGCUGUGUCUGAUGGAAUGCAGAGAUUGGAACUUGGUGCUCAGAAUCUUAUAACUGAAGACAAAAGUGAAGAGAAUUCAAAGGGAAAUGUUCGUGACCAUGCCAACACGAAUAGACCUAUCCUCAUGCCUAAGGUGAAACCCAGUAAUGCAAAAGUCAACAUUGGGCCAGAGGUUUUGGACAGCCAGGGCAAGGAGCCUGUGACCAAGGAAGGGGAGGGGCCUGUGACCAAGGAAGGGGAGGAGUCAGCAUCCAAUGAAGGGGCGGGGCCGAUGACCAAGAAAGAGGCGGAACCGGCGACCAAUGAGGACAAGGAGACGGCUGGAGCAGACCCCAUAGAAUGGGAAAAUGCAAAUGAAUCUGAUUGCCAAGCAAAUGUAUCCAGGGGUGAUGAAGUGAAGAAGCUAUCUUCUGAAACAAACAGUAUUAGUUCACUUUCUAGAGCAAAUCUAUCCAGAGUUAAAUGUUCUUCCAUGGGGAAUCUCUUGGGCGAAUCCAAACCGAAAGGAAUGAAGAAAGGAUUCAAUGCCUAUUUUGCUGACCUAAAGAAUGAGAAUGUGGCAAAAAUGGAAGGUGAAAUAGCGUUGGAGCUAAAAGUAACACAGAAACUUCUCCAUCAAGUGACUCAGGUCUUGGAUCCAGGUAAUGACACACCUGGUGAGCAGAGUGAUGCCACACAGAAUGGCCAAUCAACCAAGCAUGCCGCGCACUUACUAAACGAAGCUAUGGCCAAAUGGUCAGAGGCUGACAAAGUCUUGCAGGAACUUAAAGAUUUAAAAGAAUUAUGCAAGAAAUCUGAGACACUCACCUUGGAGGAGAAUGUGAGACGCAAAAAUCUGUUGAUUAUCCACAGAAGAAGUAUGCCAUAGUUUGACUCUGUAAUGUACAGGAAUGCCAGUACAAACUUGCUGGUAGACUAAUUGUUAUAUCCAAAUCUUAAACCAGGUUUCUUACAUUAUCUUAAAUUUGUCUGCAGUAAGUGGACAAGAAGUGGGAGAGCUAUGCAGUUGGCCAGAACAUCUUUGAUGAAGUAAUAGAUUUUUUGUAAAAUAAUUAUUUGUAUGGUAUUGAGCUGAGAAUCUGGGAUCAUGCAAUGAUCACACCAGUAUGGUUAUGCUAAUCACCAGCUUGACUGCUACAGAGUCAAACAUUUUGCACACGCUCAGUUUUUUAAUCUUAGCUAAUAAGAGCUUCCUCAGAUUUUUUUUGUUCUCAUUUUCCUUUGUUCUUGUUGUUUCAACUCUCUAGCUUUCCUGUUGUGUUGUUCAACUAUGAUUUGCAGCAAAUGCAGGGGUUCUAGAGUUCCCUCUGCAUGCUGUAUGUCUUUUUUUAAAUUAUCCAAUGGUAUGAUGAAGGUUGUUACAAUAGAUUUAUUUCUGACAGUCGUGAUGGCAAGAAUGUUGUUUGUGAGUCCUGUUGUGAAGGAGACAGGCUACUGAGUCUAUUCCUGCCCAGGGUCAGAAGGCAAUUAUGUUCAAAUUCAGUAAUCAUUAAAAUAUGAAUGUAAAGUUGCUGAUUUGUAAUUUCCAGUCAGUAUUUCAGUUACCGCAAGUAUUACUGUAUUUAAUUUAACUGCAUUGUUCAAACAAUAUUUGUACAAGUAUUUCUGCAAAAACACGAUUUGUAAGAAACCACAUUUUCAAAGAUUGUGUUUUAAAAACAACUGUCAUUGGGGAUAAGAGGGGGUUAGGGGCUAGAAUGUUUCAGAUUUGCAAUAAUAGUUAUUCUUCCUGCAGGAUUUUCAAAACUAAAGGUAUUUACAAUAGCUACAAGUUUUGUUACUGCAAACUACAAAUACUGAAGGUUGCGUAUUAUUUUAUUUAAUGGAGCAUCAUUGUACAAGUGUCAAUACAAAUGAUUCGUGUCAAUUUCCAGUGGCCUCCCACAUUGAAACCAGCAGCUGCAUUCUGAAGAGAGUCUUAUUACUGCAUGGAGGUUACAUGGAACAAAGUAUUUACUCCAAACUUGUUUUCCCCAAGACAGCUUUUUUCCCCUGCUUAUCAAUUUCCAAAGUAAUUUAAACGUGGCUCUCUACAGUUUGAGAUUGAAAUUGCAUUAUAACCAAUUUGCGCUAUGGAAACAAGCAUUAUAGCAGAACUACCUGUAUUUCUGUGACCUCCAAUUAUUUUUACUGCCAGUAUUAAUAAUUAUGCAAAAAUAAAACAAAAUGACUGUCUUAGUAUAUACCAAGUGGAAUGUUUUAUAUAUCCUACCAAUUAACACUGGCUUAUUGCUUUAUUUAUAUUUUAACCAUGUUUAUAUUUUUCCGUAAUGAAGUAAAUAUACCAUGAAAUAAUGUAGAAACAUUUUAAAAUAAAAUGGCAUUCUGUCAACCACA